CAACUCGUCAUUUUCGUUUGUCAGUGUUUUCGAUAUUUUGUGUGCGUGCCGCUAACACUUAAAUACAGUCGGAGAAUAACAUUCACGCACACAGACACCAACUGCACCAUGAUGAUAAGAUCCAGAGUGAAUUCGUACUCGCCCCAUGCAAGACAAGAGGACGACGGGCGUCUUCGUGUCGAGUCGACCCGCAGUGGCAAGCCAACGAACCGGGAGAUUCUCACGUCAGAACAGAAAGAGGAAUUGGCCGGGUAUAAGUUCGACUUCGAGAACAUCGCGUUUGAGGGCGGAGGCAACAAGGGAUUGGCAGCAGUCGGAGCCAUUCGGGUCCUUGAGGAGCUUGGCUAUCUGGGAAACAUCAAACGUUUUGCUGGGGCCAGUGCCGGUUCAAUGGUUGCUGCACUGGCGUCUGUUGGAUAUGACUCGCAUGAUAUCGAGAAAUUCCUGAGAGGAGAUAUCACGAAAGUCUUCCUUGAUGCCAGAUUUGGUAAACUCAGCUUUCUUCCUAACAUGCUGAGGAACUACGGUUGGCAUCCCGGCAAGAAGAUCUUCCACUGGUUCGGAUUGCAACUCAAAAAGAAGACGGGCAAAAAGGACCUGACAUUUAAGCAGCUGUACACGGGAGAUUACAAGGGGGGUAACAAGGAAGCAAAAACGGAGCUUUGUAUUAUCGUGACCAACCUCAACAAUAUGGACAGCACGUAUUGCCAUGUCAAAACCACUCCCGAUCUUCCCAUCAGAAAAGCAGUUCAGAUGUCCGGCUGUAUUCCAGGUUAUAUUUGUCCCGUGAAGGAAAAGCUUGGGACGACAAAGGACUACUACGUAGAUGGAGGACUACUCUGCAACUAUCCAAUACAUUGCUAUGACGGCUGGUAUUUGUCCUUUCUAGCAACCGAAGAACACAAGAGGCGUCCACUCUCCGGAGACCCCAAUAGUCCAGAAGAAACCGAAAAAUCCCUCUGGGACCCCAACAAACCCUUCUAUCCGGGGAACAAAAAAACAGUGGGGAUCCUACUUUAUGCCAACGAUGAGAGGGAGAUUAUGAAGGACGACCUGAUGAAACGUUUUGAUGAUCAUAUCAAACUGUCUGAAAAGCCGAACUUCCCUAACACCCGUCUGGCCAACCAGCAGAAGGGGCCAAUGGAGGAAAUAAAUAAAAAGAGGACCGAGCGUCGAACACUUAUGGAAUCGUUUUCCAAGUUUCGCAAGGUACUUGGGGACAGCGACAUCGACCACUGCAGGCCUAUCAGUGAGCAGAAAUUCGAGGAGGCCAUGAACAAGCCAAACUCGGAAUUCACAACCGAAGACAAGAAGCAGCUAUUUGGAGAUGACUACAGUGACUCCAAGACACUGUUCAAACAGCUGGAUAUCGACCGAAGUGGCAAAUUAACUGCACAAGAACUGACAGCGUUCGGGUGGAAAAAAGGCUUGAAGAUUAUGGAUUAUUUGCGAGGCUACAGCCGGCAGGAAAUCACUGGUAUGGGGAGCUACUUCCGCACCAUUUUGAACAGCUUGCUGCUCAAUAUGAAGAGAGUCUACAUUAAGGACAAAGAGGAUGUGGUGCAACGUACGAUCGGCAUUAACACCAGCUACCUGGAUACUCUGGACUUCGACAUGGAGGAACAAGACCAAAUUUACAUGGUUCAGCAAGGCAAGCUUGGCUGCAUAGCUUUUCUCCGUGAACUCAUUGCCAAGGAAAAGAUGGUCCGCAAGACAUGAACUGCACGGUAGAAAAACACAUUGGAUUUGGUAUUGGAGAUAACUAUACGCUCACCAGUUUGGCUUUUUGGAGCUUUUUGUAAGCGAAGGCUAUGACACUUAUCAUCGAGGCUAUGAAACGCGUGGUGAACUUGAUCUUGUAUUUUAUGACAAGUGCACCUAUAUAAAAACGCAAGCAAAAACGUAAUUUUUUUUAGGAACACAUUUUGUACAGCUUUAAACUCAUCUUAAAUGUAUGAAAACUGUUUGACAUCCAUUUUUCAUUAAUUUUGUUGAAUCGUGCUCUUUUAAAAAAAAAUGUCCACGCUUUUCCGGACAACUGAGGGCGCUGUUGCUGUGAUAUCAUUUCAGGAAGUUUUCUGUAAAUUCUGUUCAAGUUCGGAACCCAAAAUUUGACCAUUGAAAAUAUUUGUGAGAAAGUGUUGCUCAUUAGCUGUCAUGUAUUGACACAACAACGAAUUAAGACAAGAAAAUGUCCAGCGAAAUAUCCAAAAUCACGUAGCAACUUUCACGGAGCUGCAAAAAAGCUGUAACAUUGAGGUUUCUGCCUUUAAUGACAUCACACUUGUGGUCAUGAAUAGAAAAUUCGCAUUGACA